AUGCCUAUUUCGGGGCUGGCGGGCAGCGCGUCGCUCGCUUCAAAGUGCGGCAGCACGCUCUUCUGCCUCGGCCGAUCGCUGCCUCUGUGGGUCGUUGCCGUAGCCGGUUUGGUCUUCUUCGUCUCCAAUUCCAUCGUCGGCAUCGGCGACUGGCAAACGCCGCCGCCUGUCGCCCCCGCCGCCGUCUCCCCCUUCGUCGCCGCCGAAGCAGCCCAAUCCCUGACUUGGCGAUUCGUGCGUCGCGUCGAGUAG